AGCAUGUGUUAGCUGUCAUAUUUUUCGUAAAUGUUACCGAUGGCUUCAGCUGUCAAAGUUGCCGGUUAUAUAUGGUGUGUUUAAAUUACACAUACGCCCACCUUUGAACCGGCCGCUGUGUUCACGGGAGCAGUUAUUGCCCGUUGACUUUCGUAUCUCCAUAUCUGCGGUCAAAAAUAUUAGGGUUGACAAUGGGUAGGUAAGCCUACCAUGACGUUUAUGAUUAAAAUAUGUUACAAAAAAAAAAAAAAAAAAAAAAAAUAUCAAUGAAUGUAACUUGGGCGAUUGAUGUUUAUAUUUUGGUGUGUGACAUUUGGAAACUUAGUAAAUGAACUGCUCCCGAUCAUCCUAACUAUAGUCUAGUUAUUUUUAGCGUGAAAACAUGAGUUGGAAAAGAAACCGUUACCGUUUACUCCAGCACGUGAGGAAAUACGGUGUUGGCGUAGCAGCCAGCACAGUGGCUGUUGUAGGAAUUUGUAUAUACGUGAACAAGAAGAAUGAUUUUAAAGUAUUUGCCUCGUGGACCAAUUCGUCAGAACAAUUAGAGUACCCCAAAAUAAAAUGGGAUAACAAUUGGGACAGGAGAGAUCCCAAAUUACUUGUAAAACCUGUGAAAGAUGAGAAUAAUAAUGAUGUGAAUGAUGAGGAUGUGAAGAAACAAACACCAACAGCAACAAGACAUAUAAUAUUAAUACGACAUGGACAGUAUAAUCUCCAUGCGAAAACCCAGAAAGAAAAAUAUCUCACUGACCUAGGUCGAACACAAUCUGAUUUAACUGGAGCAAGAUUAAGAGAUUUAAACUUUCCUUACACCAGACUAGUAUCAUCUAUGAAGACCCGAGCCGUAGAAACAUGUGAUUUGAUUCAUAAGUUUUUACCUGAUUUAACUGUUGAAAGAAGCGAUUUAUUAAAUGAAGGUUUUCCUAUACCUCCAGAACCACCUGGUGAUUGGAGACCAAGAGAUUAUCUUUUUUAUCAACAUGGUCCAAGAAUUGAAGCAGCCUUCAGACAGUUUAUUCACCGUGCUACACCAGAACAAAAAACAGAUAGUUAUGAGAUUAUUGUCUGUCAUGGUAUGGUUAUUGGUUAUUUUGUUUGCAGAGCUUUACAAUUCCCUCCAGAUGGUUGGCUACGUUUUACUUCCUCUUUAGCUCAUGCAAGUUUAACAUGGCUAACAGUGCGACCUAGUGGCCGUGUUAGUUUACGUUGCUAUGGUGAUACUGGGUUUAUGGAACCAAAUCAAAUAACCUACUAAUGAUGAUUGUGGAAUUGUAACCCUUUUUUUAUUGAGAAAUUAACCGAUCAUUUACUGGAGUCGUACUUCUUUGAUUUAGGUCUAAAACUAAAUAUCAUUAAUAUCUUAAAGUGGUUUUAAUCUGCACUGUAAAUUUGAAAUGUCGACAGAUCCACACCCUUUAAAACAAAUCAACACAUCAAAUAUAAUUACAUGUAUAUCAAUAAUUUUGUUGUUGCUCUAAACGAUGUUUGUUUGUUGAAGUUUUUGACAAGAAAUAGCCUUAAUUGAUGGAUAGAAACUUGGCCCACAGUUCAUACUUUCCAUGGUCAAGUACCAUUGCCAUAAUAAACAAAGUCCUGAUUGUCAGUCCAUUUAUUGCCAAUCCAUUUAUUGCCAAUCCAUUUAUUGCCUAUCUUGGGCCAACCUGUCUGGAUAUCAUCCUAGGUUGAAGCUAGCCUUAAUUUAUGUAAGCUUAUGGCAAUCAUUGUCUAAUCCACUCGAUAUAAAAGCCAUCUGAUGGUGUAGAGAGUUGAUUAUGGGCUUGCCAUAUGAAUAAAUCUCUAAAUAAUAAUUUAUAUAACAAUUAAAGCCACCCUGCAAAAGUAAUUUUAGUAAUUUUUAUCUGAUAUUUUGUUUUAUCUGGACUAUUCUAGUCUAUUAGUUACUAAUGUUUUUAUACGCCCACAUUUUCAUGUUUAUAUAUUUAUAUACCAAGUUUUAUAAAGAUCUAUAUAUUUGAUAGUAU